CCCACACCUGCACACACAUAAACACACCACUCGCCUCCGCCUCCUCCACCACCUCACACUGUGCCCGUCAUCUGCACCUUCACCCCCCGUCUGACCGGAUGAGCUACCCGAUGGAUUCUAUAGGGAGUAGGAGAAUGAUGGACUCCCGGACGACUUACGCCCGCUCCAGUGGCUCUCCCUCCAGCGGGUACCGCUCCCAGUCCUGGUCCCGUGCAAGCCCCGGAUCCACAAUCACGUAUAAGAGGAGUGUGGGGAAGCCGGUAGCCCGAGCCUACAGCUCCACGGUGCUUAGCGCCGGUGAUAAUGUCGACUAUGGCCAAACGGCGGUUCUUAACGGAGACUACAAGCGCGCCAACGAGAAGGAGCAACUCCAGGGGCUGAACGACCGCUUCGCCGUUUAUAUUGACAAGGUGCACUACCUGGAGCAGCAGAACCGGCAGAUCGAAGACGAGAUCCAGGAGCUGCGAGAGAGGCAAGCCUCGCAGUCUCAACUUGGCGAUGUUUACGACCAAGAGCUGCAAGAACUGCGCUCCAUGUUGGAGCAGAUUCACCACGAGAAGGCGCAGAUUCAGCUGGACACGGAGCACAUCGAGGAAGACAUCCAGCGGCUUAGGGACCGCUUUGAAGAUGAAGCCCGAAUCAGGGAAGAGACGGAAGCCAUCAUCCGCGCCCUGAAGAAGGACAUGACAGACUCGACACUAGUGAAGGCAGAGUUGGAGAAGAAGGCACAGGCGUUGCAGGACGAGGUCGCUUUCAUUCGCAACAACCACGAAGAGGAAGUGAAUGAGUUGCUCGCCCAAGUCCAGGAGUCGCAGAUAACUCUGGAGAAGAGGGACUACCAGAAGACCGACCUCACCGAAGCGCUCCGGGAGAUCCGCUCGCAACUGGAGGGGCACUCUUCCCAAAAUCUGCAGCAGGUAGAGGACUGGUUCAUGUGCAAGUUCUCCAAGCUGAACGAGGCGGCAGAACAGAACAAAGAUGCCAUCAAAUCUGCCCGGGAUGAGAUCGCAGACUACCGCCGCCAGCUGCAGUCCAAGACUAUCGAGCUGGAGUCGGUGCGAGGCACGAAGGACUCCCUAGAAAGGCAACUUAAUGACAUCGAGGACCGGCAUAACAGUGACUUGGCCAGCCUUCAGGAAACAGUCAAUCAACUGGAUAAUGAACUGAAGAGCACGAAAUGGGAGAUGGCUCGCCACCUGCGCGAGUAUCAAGAUCUGCUCAAUGUAAAAAUGGCCCUUGACAUAGAGAUUGCUGCAUACAGGAAACUUCUGGAAGGCGAGGAGACCCACUUCAGCACUUACCCCUACCGCCAAUCCGUCACCACCAAGUUCACCAGGAGCGAGCCCCCCAAACUGAAAGUGCAGCACAAGUUUGUGGAGGAGAUCAUCGAGGAGACCCGCGUGGAGGACGAGAAGGCCGACAUGGAGGAGGCCCUGGCUGAACUAGCCGAGGAGCUGACUGCUGCCCUCGGAGGAGAUGAAGGAGGAGAGGAUGAGGAAGAGGGUGAGGGGGAAGGAGAGGGUGAUGAAGGAGAGGAAGGAGGUGAUGAAGAAGCAGAAGGAGGAGAAGGAGAGGAGAAAGAGGAGGGAGAGGAGAAGGAGGACGAAGAGGGGGAGGAGGGCGAGGCUGAGGAAGAGGAGGUGGUGGCCUCUAGCGGAGCUAAAGUGAGCGCUAGCGCCCCUGCUGGUGAGGAGGAGGAAGGUGAGGAAGAGGAAGGUGGAGAGAAAGAGGAGGGAGGAGACGAGGAGGAAGGAGAGGGAGGUGAAGAGGGAGAGAAAGAAGGAGAUGAAGAAGAGGGGGCAGAGGGAGAGGGAGGAGAGGAGGAAGGAGGAGAGGGAGAGAAGGGUGACGAAGAAGAGGGUGGAGAAGAUGAGGCUCAGGAGGAGGAAGUGGAGGAGACCGUGCUGAGCACCAAGGCAACCGACACCAAGGCCUCUCCAGACAAAGAGAAGGCUGAGGAGAAGGAGGAGAAGAGUGGUGGAGAGGAGGAGGAUGAGGGAAAAGCUGAGGAGGAGGAGGGAGGUGAAGAGGAAGAGGCUGGUGACGACAAGGAAGAGGGCGACGCAGGAAGUGACAAGGGCUCCCACAGUGGUGACGAGAAGGAGACCGCCAAGUCAUCUCCAGAGAAGAAGGAAGAGAAGAAGGACGACAAGAAAUCAGAGGAGAAAUCCGAAGCCCCCGCAACCAAAGCUGAAGCCCCAAAGACCGAGAGCCCCAAGACUGCCAAAACCGAGGCCUCUCCCCAGAAGAGCCCUGAAAAGUCCCCACAGAGCGAGUCCCCAAAAAGCGAAUCCCCAAAAAGCGAAUCCCCAACGAAAGAGGCCCCGAAGACCGAAGCUGUGAAGAGUGAGCCGCCCAAGGCUGAGGCUCCGAAAGAGGCCGCCCCAAAGCCCGAGAGCCCCAAGAAGAAAGAGGAGCCCAAGGCUGCACCAAGCCCCAAGAAGGAGGACAAGAAACCCGAAGCACCAAAGGAGGAAGCACCCAAGUCUGCACCUGAGAAAGAGGAGAAGAAGAGUGAACCAGAGUCCCCCAAGCAAAAGGAAGUAGAAAAGGAAGACGAGAAGGACAAGAAGGAGCCAGAGAAGGAGAAGGAGAAGGAGAAGGAGGCGGAGGAGAAGCAGGAGGACGUGAUCUCCAACGGCGUGGAGAGCCCCACCAAGGAGGAGGAGGACGGCCAGAAGGUGAUCAUCACCAAGACCGUGGAGACCAUCACCACCGGCGAGGACGGGGCCAAGCACGUCACCAAGUCCGUGACGGUCACGGAGACCAAGGUGAAGGAGACGGAGGAGGUGGUGCAGGAGAAGCUGGUGUCCACGAAAAAGGUGGAGAAGCACUCCUCGCAGGCCGUCAAGCAGGUCACCGAGACCGAAUAAACACCCAACCACCACUGUUACCACGACGACAACGCCUAAAACACAUCGAGAUCAGGAGGGAAGGGAAGGUCAACAUGAAGCAAAUCAACAAAAAAAUAAACAACGACAAACAACAAACACGCACACAGAAAACAAGACUAACAUUAUACGAUUCUGUAACAAAUUAGAACAAUGUAUUCAUGCUAACCACUCGAAUCAAAAUAAAUCAAUAAGUCACACAGCAAGCAGUAGAGAGAAGCCAUAAGAUUUUCAAGCGUCCAAGCUUAACGUAACAAUCCUCAAAAACAUGCAUGUUGACAGAGCUUUCCGUGGGCUUAGCUGCAGAUGGAGAAGGGCUUGUGUCUGGGUUAUGAAUGUCUCUGUACCUUUUCCCCUUCCUUUACGUUUACUUUUCCUUUCUUUUCUCUGUGCAAUACAUGGGAAGUGGGGAAAGGGGGUAUUUGUGGUCUCUGCAUGCUAGCACAGGAGAGAAGGAGAACAGUCUCCCAUCACUUGGGAGGGGGGUGGGGAUGGAUUUACAAGUCAGUGCGUGAAAAUGUGUGCAAUGUGUGUGUUUGUGUCAAUGCGCGGAUGAAUGACCCAGGAAUAUGUGGUGUGUCUACUGAAAAAGUUUCGGUGGUGAGUGUGAUGAUCAGUGACAUAAUAAAAAGUACUUGAAGUUCAAAUGAUGUUUAUAUGGUUUAACGUGAGCAGGGACCGUGUAGGUAUAUAUAUAUAAAACUGAAGUAGCCUUACAAAUCACAGGAGGACAACAACUGAGCCAAAUAUUAAAAAACCAACAACAUAACACUUUUACUGAAGAGAACGACAUCGGAAAGACAAACCCAUGACCAUACAUAUACAAUACCUACAGCAACUAAGAAACUCCUAGCCUUAAACAUGCUUUUUACUGUUGUCUAUUAUGUUUACCUAACCAGUGCUAUGACAGUAAGAAAAAAACAACAAAACAAAAAACAAAACAUGACAAUGCGCACACAUACAUUCUUGUAUGCCUAGACAGGACUUGAAUUUAAAUACUGAAUAUUAAAAUGAGGUGCUACUGUUUGCAAUCCCAUGUCCAUCAUGAUGAAUUUCUCAGCAGCAUUUGCUCAAUAAAUGUCAUAUCAAAAGGC